AACUUGGUUCUGGGUAUUCAAUGUGUGAUUAAUGUCUAAUCAUUUCAAAGUCCAACUCCUUGAGUGUGUUGUUUCAGCUGUUCAAUUCAUUGAUGAUCUUCAGUUACAUCCUACUUUUCAAACGGUGCAGGGUCUUACCUGUAGCUGCUCUAGCUGAUCCUGUGGCAAAACAACCUGAUGUAGAUAACGAUGCAGACACAAAUAAAGCUGGUGUGUCUUUCAAUACGAGCGGAACUCCACUUUCAUCUGUCUUGGCUUCGUCGCCAGCGGUAGGCAUGUUCUCGUUUGGGUCAGGUCUACAAAAUGGAACUCUCCCAGGUUCAUCAACUGGUCUUAAUACAUCCAGUAGCUCCCUUUCGGCCGUUCCUAAUGGCAGCAUUGGCACAGACAUAUCUGUGAAUGCUGUGAACUCUGGUAGUACUGGCAAUUCAGCAUCAGAGGCAAACCCACCCUUGAGUUCGUCUAUUUUCAAAUUUGGGUCACCUGCCACUUCAAGUUCAGUUUCUUUUGCUAGCGCUGGUGGUGGCAUUGGUCGAAGCAAAACAGAGACUAGCUAUGGGAGUAUUGCCGGUGUUCCUUUUGGUGAUUCUAAGCCUGCCGUUGCCAGCACUGGAAGUGGCCUUUUUGGUGUUGCCCCGUCCAUAGUUGCUGGGAGUACUACAAGCAGCAGCCCUUCUAAUGAUAUUUCAGCUACCUCCGCCAAAAGUACCUUAGUUAGUAGUCCAUUUGGCGGCCCAAGCGCAAACGCUGGAAGCACCCUUGUUGGUGGUACUGCUGCUUCUGGUGCAGUUACCAGCAACGGCUCUCUUGGUGACACUACUCCUACAGGUAAAAGCCCAGGAAGCAGCAUUUUCGGUACUGCUACCAGUGCCAGCACUGGGAAUAGCCUCUUUAGUGCAGUAGCUCCGAGUACAACUGGAAGCAGCUUUUUUAGUUUCAGUUCCAAGUCAACUUCACCAGGCCCUGCUAGUGAGGCCCAAGUUUUGAAUAAUCCAGGUAGCACUCAGGUAGCUGCAACUGGCUUUGCUACAUCAACCCAGAGUACUCCUAGUCAGUUCGGUUCUUCCAUGUCGUCUCCUUUUGGGUUGAAUUCAACUACAGCUCCUGCUGCUGCCGCUGCCGCUGCUGGUAGUUCGAUUUUUGGUUCGUCAUCAAUAUCUAAUCCAUUCAGUUCUGGAACUUCUUUUGGAGCGACUUCUUCCACUCAGUCUUCAGAACCAAAUAAGUCUGUUAGCUCGAGUUCGAGCACUUCAUCUCCGCUUUUUGGUUCGAGCUGGUCAACAACACCUGUAUUUGGUAGUGGGUCCAGCUCAUCAGCUUCAUCGAGCGGGUUUGUCUUUGGAGCAUCGUCGUCGAGUGGUGCUUCUAUUGGUGGUGCUACUGCAUUUGGAUCGUCCAAUAAUGCUACAUCAUCUAGCUCCCCGUUCUCUUUUAGUGCGCCUGCAGCAAAUCCUCCACCUACUACAACUGUGUUUGGUAACCCUACUAUAACUCCAUCCUUUGCAUUUGCUUCAACUCCAUCAUUCGGCUCAACUCAACCAUCGGUUAACAAUGAUCAAAUGGGGAUGGAGGACAGCAUGGCAGAAGACUCAGUCCAGGCAACCACACCAUCUAUCCCCUUGUUCGGUCAGCAGACUACCACACCCCCAUCGUCAGGCUUUAUAUUUGGUUCUGCAGCACCGCCAACCAGUGGAAAUCCUCUUUUCGGUUCUACUGCUCCUCCAUCUGCAGGAAACCCUCUGUUUGGUUCUACUGCAGCGGGAACCCCCCAGUUUGGUUCUACUGCUCCAGGAACCCCUCAGUUUGGUUCUGCAGCAGCAUCCCCUGGGAUCCCGUUUCAAUUCGGUGGUCAACCGAGUAUGUCAGCAGCUCCACAAGCUGCUUCUCCAUUUCAGGCCACUAACAGUCUGGAGUGUGCAGGCAGCUUCUCAUUAGGGACCGGUGACAAGAGCAACAGGAGAAUCGUCAAAGUGAGGAAAAGCUCGCGGAAGAAGUGAUUGUUGAUGUUCUCUUAUCACCGUCAUUGGCAGGCACUUGAGUUCGCUCGGUUUCAUUGCUCGCGAUUACGUCAGAAGUCCCCAAAAUUGUUCAUCCUGGAGUUGGCUGUGCUAGUAAAGUAAUUAUAGUUCCUGGAAGUGUUAGCUAUGAGCCAGAGUUGCCAGUUCCGGUCGGGUUUUCAAAGGCUAUUCCAAAAUCGACCCUCGUGAAAGCAGAAGUUACAUAAGGCGAGGUCGAAUCAAAAGCGUGGGAAAGAGGAGUUUGUGACAAAUUUUGUGACAUACUUAAUAGCAUAUAGGCGUCUUGUGGUUGUGUACUAUGUGGUGAAGGUAGAUAAAUUUUGGUGCGCAUCAAAAUGGAUGUCAUUAUGUGUACCUUUUUCGCGCGCCGUGUAACGUAAAAGACGAUUUCUUCCAUAAAAUGAAGUGUAAGACCAUUCGCUCCGUAAAUGAAAGUGCUCAUAGUUA